AUGGACUCCACAGCCACAGAAGUGGUGGAGACCAGGACUGCGAAGGAGUUCUUGUUUUCCAUCAAGGGCAUAGUGAAAAUUAUGCGGCUGAGGAAUUGGAAGGCACUAAGACUGGGACACAAGAAAGGCCACCUUGAGAAGGUGGCGCUUGAGAUUUUGACUGUAACAUCCCUUAUCUUAUUUAUUAUUGCUCAAGCCCCUGAAACAUACAUCGUUGUCACGUCUUUGGAGGCUAUAAUUGGGCUUUUUUUCCUAACGUUGUAUGUACUAAGACUUGACCUACUGUGGAAAUGUUUAUUUUGGCCUUUGCUCGAUAUUUUAAACUCAGCUGUGGGUGUAGUGUUCCUUCUUGUCAUAUCUGUUUUGGCAAUGGUACCAGAAACUCAAGUACUGACUGCUAUCGGAGGGAUCAUUGGAAUUGUGGCAACUGUGUUUACCAUUACAGAUGCUGCCCUCAUUUACAGAAAACUUAUGUUUAAUCCAAGUGGUGCAUACGAGAAGAAGCACAGUCAUGACAAAAAGCAUCGCUUGCGUCGCUCACAUCACUCUCGCCACUCUCACCACUCUCACCACUCCCAUCAAAGUUAUCAUGCUCGUUACCCUCAGGAAACAAAUGAAGUUUGA